GAAUUAGCGACGCUGUCAAACGUAGAAGGUCACACGCGUGCUUUUGAACACAGAAAAUGCUAUGUGAAGCUGAGGGAGACAUGUAUGGCAGUAAAUAGAGCAAAAGCUAACUUAAGAAACAAGCAAGUACACUAGAAAGGAGAGCUGUUAAGAAAACCUUAACUCGUAAAAAAUGCUUCUUUAAUUUAACUAACGCACAGUGGUCACACACAGGUCGCCUAGCAGGAAAGACAACUAGCUUAUCAGUUAGCUUUCUUCCAAACAUUACAUUUUCACCUCACAGCCGCUAUGUUUAGGAACCUUUUUAGACUUCAGACUCAGGUUGGAAGUUGCCUGUCGCUCAGUAAAAUAUGCCCAAGAAGUCAGCACGUUUUAAAAUACUCCACAGCCACGACAGAAAGAAAAAGAUUCUAUCAAGAUGUCAGUAUAUCCCAAGGUGAAGGUGGUUUAUUUGAGAUAAACCUAGACCGAAGGAAACUGAAAACUCCUGGAGGGAAGCUGUUCACAGUGCCAAAUGAAGCCUUGGCUAUCGCCGUAGCAACUGAGUGGGAUGCUCAAAGGGACACACUCAAGUUCUACACCAUGCACUUGACAACACUGUGCAACACCGCUCUAGACAAUCCCACCCAACGUGACAAAACCCAAAUGAUCAAUGCUGCCCUGAAGUUCCUGGAAACUGACACUGUCUGUUACAGAGUAGAUGAGCCCCAUGGAUUGGUUGAGCUACAGAAGAAUGAGUGGGACCCUGUGCUUCACUGGAUUGAAAACAGAUAUAAUGUCACCAUUGGCUCAUCAUCCAGUAUAUUGGGUCCUGAAAUCCCAGAGGCAACCAAAGACACAUUCCGGCAACACCUGAACUCGUACAACUUCUGGUCCCUGACAGGGCUUGAGUAUGUGAUCACUCAGUUGAAGUCUGUUGUGCUGUCAAUGGGGAUUAUUGACAGACAUCUGAGUGUGGAACAGGCUGUGCUGCUCUCCAGGCUGGAGGAGGAGUACCAGAUUCAGCACUGGGGAAACGUGGAGUGGGCCCACGACUACGACAUGUAUGAACUGAGGGCGCGAGCUGCUGCUGGAACUCUUUUUGUUCAUCUCUCAUCUGAGAGCACCACUGUCAAACGCAAACUUAUGCAGGACUGAGAAAAAAACAAGCUCGAACGUUCAUCUUUUUGAGAGAACCAAGAAAAUCUGCCCUCAAACUUCCCAAACCUCUCAGUUCGUCCAUGUUUCUGCAUCCCCGCUGACAAACAUAACACAGUCAUAGUUCAGUUAGCAGUGGCAGCUGCUGCUUCUGUGAUCUGUUAUACAGUGACGUUAUCUCACUACAUAAAAACACAUUAGCACGCUGGUUGUGUUGUUGUAGUGUUUAUAUGUGUUGGCUGCCAAGUAUGAUGCCCUUCACCGAGUUUCCAGUCAGUUCUCAGUCAGCCGUGACAUUUUGGACUCUGCACAUGGUUUGAAGAGAAUGGUGACUAAUGUUGUCUGUGUGGUUGAGGAAUGUAAAUUCAAUGCCAGCUUUCUCUGUAUGCUACAUUUGAACUCCCAAAUGCAAACACGAUCCUCUUACAGUGCACUAUCCGUACUAACUAUGCUGUGUAGUGUUUGGUAACAGUAAACUGCAUGCAAAAACAUGAACCUGCUAUACAUGCCACUGACUAUAUACAGUCAUUUAGAUGGUCCUUCUAUAUGAUGUAUGCACAUUUAUAUUUAUAUUAUGGUAAUAAGGGGGAGAUUGAGUGCUGUACUCAGAAAGACUAUUCAUUUGUAUGAUAAACAUUGAGCUAUGUUUCUAUAAAAUAUUGACUAAGUCUAAAAGUGACUUUAAUCCUCUUCUGUUUGUCAUUUUUUUGUACAAAGCUGAAGGUUUUGUUUUUAACAGUUGAAUGAUUAAAAGUUAUUACAAUAAUUU